AUGGUCCACGUGUGGUAUCUCGGCGCGUUUGCUGCGGCGACGGUCGUCUCGGGAGCGGUCACGUGCACGCGGGAUCCGUCGAUGAAGAACGCGCUCAACAACUGGUGCAUGUGUCAGCCGUGCCAUCUCUGCGAGUUUUCGUUGCGCAAGGGCUGUCAGCCGCUGCAACUCCAAGCCACAUCGACGUCGAACGGGUCGGAGAUCGCGCCGACGCAGCCGAUUUUGGACUCGCGCGCUUGGUUUUUGACCGACGAUGAGCUCACCAAGAGCCGUGGUGGCGUCGUGCGAUCGUCGCUCACGGCGUCGACGUCCGGUAACCGUGUCCGGGUCUUCCCCGAUACAAGCACGGCAUUUGAGUCGAUGCACACGGAUGUCUUGUCGGCAUCCUCGGCGUACUUUACGGGCUGGUCGGUCAACGACAUCCCGUACAUUCCGCAGAUCGACCCGUCCGCGACGUUCAAGACGACGUGGGGCAAGGCCAUUGAAGCCAACAAGCUCAAGGCGCACGGCCUCGUGUGGUCCAACCUCAUUGACCUGGCCCAGGUCACCGACAUCUUUGCAUGGAUGAACUCGUACCCGUCCACCAACACAUCGUCGGUGCAGCUCAUGACCGACAACCGGAUUCCCGGGCCGUCCGGGUCGCUGCAUCAAAAGAGCUUGAUCGUCACGCGCGGCACAGAACUCGCGGCGUACGUCGGCGGCCUCGACCAAGCGCUCGAUCGCUGGGACACCAAGCACCACAACGUCUCGAGCCUUCGGACGUCGGCCAAGAUUCAAGUCGACUUUAACGGCUGGGUCGAUGUCCACGCGCGCGUCAACGGCCCGGCGUCGACCGACAUUCUCGGCAACUUUUUGGACCGGUGGAACGACCCGGACCACCCGGGGUCGCCGCUCGGCAAGCCGUUUGUGACACCCCCGGCGCCGCUCCAGUCGUCGUGGAACGUACCCCAAAACGAGAUCGCCGCCGACGCUGUCUUGAGCGCUGUCGACGUCGACAACACGGUCGGCACGCACGACGUCCAGAUCCUCCGCACGUACAGCUGCAAGUACAAGGGCUACAAGUCGUUUGCACCAAAGGGCGAGACGUCCAUCCUCGCGGGCCGCAUCAAGGCCAUCCGGAACGCGAAGAACUACAUUUACAUUGAAGACCAGUACUUUAUCCACGUGCCCGAGCUCCUUGACGAGCUCCUCAAGGUCCUCCCGCGCAUCCAGCGCCUCAUCAUCUUUACGGUCACGCCCGGCAAGGUCGAGCUUGCGUCCGGCUACCAAAAGUACCAAUACGACAUGAUGGCCCCGCUCCUUGAGAAGUUCCCGAAGAAGGUCCAGAUCUACAUUCCUGACCCGAGCCUUGGCAUCUAUGUCCACUCCAAGGUCCUCCUCGUCGACGACGUCUUUCUCUCGCUCGGCUCGAGCAACUGGAACGUCCGCAGCAUGACGUCGGACGCAGAACUCGGUGCCAACAUUGUCGACACGGCGCACGUUCAAGAUGGCGCGAUCACGGUCGCCAAGCACGCGCGGGAUUUCCGCAUCAGCAAGUUUAGCGAGCUCACGGGCUUCUCGGUCGACUUGUCGAAGAAGUCGUUUUUGGCCGCCGCCGACGCCUUGGACGCGUACGCCAAGUCGCCCAACGCGUGGAUCCAGCCGUACGUGCUCUACUACAAGCCGUUCUGGGCCAUGUACGGCGAAAUCAUGAAGGACCUCGUGGACGGCGACGGUCGCUGCGCCAAGCUCGAAGACGGCGAGAUCGAUAGCUGUGCAAACCUCGAGUGGCUCGAGACGCAGCCGCGCAUCGUUCAGGUCACGUGCGCGUGCCAGCGCGGUGGCCAUAUGCUGCAGAAGUGCGCCGAGAUGGAGCACUACAUUGCCGACGAACAAGCCCGCAUUGAAAACGAUUUUUGAGUUGCGCUAGAUACAUACACCAUAAUCGACUGCCUCGUU